CAAGCUCUCCAGCUACCCUUUGGGGAAAGGCAAACGACUGCAGGAAGCACUCGGGACCCAUCUUUGGUGAACCAUGGGGCUCAGUGACCAGGAAUGGCAGCAAGUCCUGACAGUCUGGGGAAAGGUGGAGUCUGACCUCGCUGGCCAUGGCCAUCAAAUUUUAAUGAGACUCUUUCAGGACCAUCCUGAGACCCUUGAUCGCUUUGAAAAGUUCAAAGGCCUGAAGACCCCUGAUGCGAUGAAGGGCUCUGAAGAUAUGAAGAAACAUGGAGCUACUGUUCUUACCCAACUGGGCAAAAUCCUGAAGGCGAAGGGUAAUCAUGAGGCCGAGUUGAAGCCCCUGGCUCAGACCCAUGCAACCAAGCACAAAAUCCCUGUCAAGUAUCUGGAGUUCAUUUCUGAAGUCAUUAUCAAGGUCCUUGCUGAAAAACACGCUGCAGACUUUGGGGCUGAUGCCCAGGCUGCAAUGAAGAAGGCUCUGGAGCUGUUCCGAAAUGAUAUGGCCAGCAAGUACAAGGAGUUUGGUUUCCAGGGUUAGCACAUACGCACAAAGGAACACCACAAUGGAGGGCCUGGCCGCGCAUCUUUCCCCAGCGCUAUUUUGGACAUCUCGCCAUUGGCCAUCUCUGGUGUGUGGGAAAGCUUUGAUGAGAAGCCAAGAGUCACUCCAGGCAGCAUAGAGGCACUCAGAGUGAUAUCCAUGAUAAACUGUCGUUCCCUGGCUUCAUGUAUACAAAAGAAAUAUUCUGCUUUUUUAGGAAAAAUAACAUUAGGGGUUAUCUGUGAGCUUCAGCCUAUCUUAUCCCCUUUCUCUCUCUCUCCCUGAAACUCAGUCUCAUCUGAGAGGCAAAUGGCAUGGCCAAAGAUGAAGGGAUGUGGAGGAUCAAGGGAAGAGCUGAGUGUGGUGAAUGAGUGAAGGAAUGACUCAAAUGAGAGAUGUGAGAAUGGGAAGCAGGGAUACAACAUCCCAUUCCUCCCACUGGUGAGACUGUCAGCAGGUGUGGGGAUGAAUGCAGCCAGCCAGUCUCCAGUGCCUGCCAGCUCUGGAGGGUUUAGUUGUUAAACUUGCAUUAGCAAAACUUAUAAAGAGAAGUACUCCCUGUGAUCUGUAGGCUUCUAGCAGCCGCCACUAUGAGUCUGAAGGUCUGUUGCUCUGGGAAGUGAAAUACAUGUUUCUCAGAAAAUAAAAAUCCUGCACCAGA